CGCGAGCAACUCGAGUGGACUUCUUCACCUUGGUGGCGCUCCAGUCAUAAAGAGCCCACAGAGCAACACCAACACGGCGGUCAAACAUCAGCAGCCGCUCCGGUGAUCCGCUCUCCUCAGCGCCUUCACUAAGGAGAUUUAACGCACGCAACCUGAAGACAUGAGUGGCACGAAAAAGAUGGAGGACGAGGCGGUCCUGGACCGGGGGGCAUCCCUGCUCAAACACAUUUGUGAUGAGGAGGAGGUGGAGGGUCACCACACCAUUUACAUUGGUGUGCAUGUGCCCAAGAGCUACCGGCGACGGCGGCGCCACCGCCGCCGAGCGAGCCACAAGGACAAAAAGGAGAAGCUGACGGAGAACGCCUCUGACAAGUCAGACACGGAAAACAACGAUGAGGCCAGCAACAGCAUCCUCAAACCUCUCAUCUCGCCGGCGGCCGAGAGGAUCCGCUUCAUCCUCGGGGAAGAGGACGAUGGCCCGGCGCCUCCUCAGCUCUUCACCGAGCUGGAUGAGCUGCUGUCUGUGGACGGGCAGGAGAUGGAGUGGAAGGAGACGGCCAGGUGGAUCAAGUUUGAGGAGAAGGUGGAGAAAGGAGGGGAGCGCUGGAGUAAGCCUCACGUGGCCACGCUGUCUCUACACAGCCUGUUUGAGCUGCGGACGUGCAUCGAGAAAGGCACCAUCAUGCUGGACUUGGAAGCUUCCACUCUUCCACAGGUUGUGGAGCUGAUCACGGACAACCAGAUCGAGAUCGGCCAGCUGAAACCCGAGCUGAAGGACAAGGUGACGUACACGUUGCUGCGGAAGCAUCGCCACCAGACCAAGAAGUCCAACCUGCGCUCGCUGGCCGACAUCGGCAAGACGGUGUCCAGUGCAAACAGUCCGACCACCACUCACAGGAACCUGACGUCCAGCAGCCUGAACGACAUUUCUGACAAACCGGAAAAGGAUCAGCUGAGGAACAAAUUCAUGAAGAAGUUGCCGAGAGACGCGGAGGCCUCCAACGUGCUGGUGGGGGAGGUGGACUUCCUGGACGCCCCGUUCGUGGCGUUUGUCCGUCUGCAGCAGGCCGUGAUGCUCGGAGCGCUGACCGAAGUUCCCGUUCCCACAAGGUUCUUGUUCAUCUUGCUUGGACCAAAAGGCAAAGCCAAGUCGUACCAUGAGAUCGGCCGAGCGAUCGCCACGCUGAUGUCAGAUGAGGUCUUUCACGACAUUGCAUACAAGGCCAAGGACAGACAGGACCUGCUGGCGGGUAUCGACGAGUUCCUGGACGAAGUGAUCGUGCUUCCUCCUGGGGAAUGGGACCCGGCCAUCAGGAUAGAGCCUCCGAAAAACCUCCCGCCCUCAGACAAAAGGAAAAACAUGUACGCAGGAGGAGACUCUCAGAUGAACGGAGACAUGCCGCAUGACGGCGGUCACGGAGGAGGGGGGCACGCUGUCGGAGACGAGCUGAAGAAGACCGGGAGGUUCUGUGGGGGCCUCAUACUUGACAUCAAGCGAAAAGCACCUUUCUUCAUCAGUGACUUCACCGACGCCUUUCACAUCCAGGCGCUGUCGGCCAUUUUGUUCAUCUACCUGGGAACCGUGACGAACGCCAUCACUUUUGGCGGUCUGCUGGGCGACGCGACGGAGAACAUGCAGGGUGUGUUGGAGAGUUUCCUGGGCACUGCCAUCACGGGGGCGGUUUUCUGCCUCCUCGCCGGCCAGCCUCUCACCAUCCUGAGCAGCACGGGGCCCGUUUUGGUGUUUGAAAGGCUGCUCUUUAACUUCAGCAGAGAUAAUAGCUUCGACUACCUGGAGUUCCGCCUGUGGAUCGGCCUGUGGUCGGCCUUCUUCUGCCUGGUGCUCGUGGCCACGGACGCCAGCUUCCUGGUGCAGUACUUCACUCGCUUCACGGAGGAGGGCUUCUCAUGCCUCAUCAGCUUCAUCUUCAUCUACGAUGCCUUCAAGAAGAUGCUGAAACUCGCCCACCACUAUCCCAUCAACUCCGACUUCAAGAUGGAGUACGUGACGCAGUACGACUGCCUCUGCAUGGCCCCGGCUGUCUUAGAAAACAGUACCGAGCAAAUUGAUGAUCUCCCUGAAGAUUCUUCAGUCUGGUUCUGGAACAACACAGUUCUGCCGAUGAACGCCACAUGGUCGUCCCUCACAAAGACGGAGUGCUUGAAGUACAAAGGAGAGCUGGUGGGGAAGGCCUGCGGCUUUGUCCCCGACAUCACUCUCAUGUCCUUCAUCCUGUUCUUCGGUACCUACACCUGCUCCAUGUGUCUGAAGAAAUUCAAGACCAGCCCGUUCUUCCCCACCACGGUGAGAAAACUCAUCAGUGACUUCGCCAUCAUCCUGGCCAUCCUCAUCUUCUGUGGAGUCGAUAUGCUAAUCGGAGUCGAUACUCCCAAACUCAUAGUGCCAAGUGAAUUCAAGCCAACCAGCCCGAAUCGGGGUUGGUUUGUUCCCCCUUUCGGUGGAAACCCCUGGUGGGUCUACCUGGCAUCAGCUCUGCCCGCACUUCUGGUCACUAUUCUGGUCUUCAUGGAUCAACAGAUCACAGCAGUGAUCGUCAAUAGAAAGGAGCACAAACUAAAGAAAGGGGCAGGCUACCAUCUGGACCUGUUCUGGGUGGCCGUCCUGCUCAUUGUUUGCUCCUUCAUGGGCCUGCCGUGGUACGUGGCUGCCACCGUCAUCUCCAUCGCUCACAUCGACAGUCUGAAGAUGGAAACGGAGACUUCGGCUCCCGGAGAGCAGCCCAAGUUUCUGGGUGUGAGAGAGCAGAGGGUUACGGGUGUUUUCGUCUUCAUCCUGACCGGACUGUCUGUUUUCAUGUCUCCUAUGUUGAAGUUCAUCCCCAUGCCUGUUCUGUAUGGAGUCUUCCUCUACAUGGGAGUCGCCUCUCUCAACGGGGUGCAGUUUAUGGACCGUAUCAAGCUGCUGCUGAUGCCGGCGAAGCACCAGCCGGACCUGGUUUACCUGCGACACGUCCCCCUCAGGAAGGUCCACCUCUUCACCUUCAUCCAGGUCCUCUGCCUGGCUCUGCUCUGGAUCCUCAAGUCCACCGUGGCCGCCAUCGUUUUCCCCGUCAUGAUCCUGGCUCUGGUGGCGGUGAGGAAAGCCAUGGACUACAUGUUCUCCCAGCACGACCUCAGCUUCCUGGACGACGUGAUCCCGGAGAAGGACAAGAAGAAGAAGGAGGACGAGAAGAAGAAGAAGAAGAAGCAGAGCAGCAUAGACAGCGACGGCGAAGACUCUGACUGUCAUUACACUGAGAAUGUUCCCAGCAUUAAAAUCCCCAUGGACAUGAUGGAGCAGGAGCCCUUCUUAGGUGAUAAGGCCUCGGACAGAGAGAAGUCCCCUUCAUUCCUUGAACGCCACACAUCGUGCUGAGCAGCUUCGCUACUACCAGGCAAACUACUUAUCCAGCCCGGAGAUGAGUCCGCUGAAGUCUGUGCCUCAGAUUAGAAUAAACAUGGACCCAGACGACGACGACGACGACGACGAUAAUUCCUUCUACUGGAAGAGCAGAGGCUCAGAAACGUCUCUGUAAGAGCGGCGGACCACCGCCGGGCAAACCCGCAACUCUUUCCACUGACUUUAAAUUACGCUGAACACUGGGGAAAAAAAAGGGAAAGUGUGUUUGAAGCAAACUGAUACACUAAAGAACACUGUUUUUGUCUUUUAAUAAUAUUUAAGAAGUAUUUCUUUCUUCCUCCUCGUCUUUUCUUUGUAUUUUUCACACGACAGCGAAACGGUCU